UUUGAUGGCAUGACCAACAUCCCUCAACCAUGUAGUUUUGUGGAUGCAUGGGGAAGUAUGGACACGUAGAAUGUUAUAUCCCACCUGAUCUGGACUGAUUUACGAGCGUGAGAUAUGUAGAAUUUUUGUUGGACGCACGUUUGCAUGAUGAGAGACACCCAUUAACCGGAAAGGUUUCAUGUGGUUCCUACUUCCUAAGCUCGUCUCUUCACGUCGCCGGUGGGGUUCACGCGGUUCCGAAUCGUGAUGCACAAUUCAAAAUCCGACGAGUUCUAUGCUAGCCUGCGCCUUCAGCGCAUGUCGCCAUCACGAACCGGUAUUUGCCGUGUAUGCAUCGGUGGUGGUCCCCGCCCCUCUUCCAUUCGAAAUCGAUCCCCCCAACGGCUAGUACCCUCAGCCCAUUUAAAACCUCUCUCUCAUCCUCUUUCCGACAGGAAAAAAACCCUUCCCCCUUCGAUUUCUCUUGUCUCGCUUCUCUCGGUCCCUCAUAGGGCCUUUCGCCCCGUUCCUCAAUUUUUUAGGGUUUCCAAGGUUCCCAACUUCUUGACUGCAGCCAAAUCUUUAGGAUUUCUAGGGUUCAUACGUUUUCUUGGCCAAGAGACCAUGGAUCCAGAGACCGACGAGUACAUCCGUGAAUCCAUUGAGAACUCGCUCGGCCUCCCAAUCUCCGACAAGAACCUACGCCUCAAGCUCCUAGCUUCCGAAGACGCCCGCCACCGCCUCCAAGAUCAGAUCUUCGUCCUCGAGGAGCGCCUGAAGGAGGCCGAGAAGCGUGUGGAGCAAUAUAAGGCCGAGGCUACCAUGAAUGCCCAGGGGUUGAGGAGGUGCAUCGAGGAGAAGGAGAUUGUAGCGUCGGGAUAUAAUGAUUUGGUGAAUCACUGCGCCAAGUUGGAGAAGGAGUGCUCGCUGUAUGAACGGGAUCUUGAGAGGGUCAUGGAAUCUUGCGAUGAAUUGGCCAAGGAGAAUGAUGAGCUUCGGUCAAGGUUGCAGGACGACACUUCUAUAAUGGCAUUAGCUGCUGAAGUCGAAUCCUUGAAAAAGGACAAGGAAAACCUGAGGAUUAAUCUCCAUAGAGCUGAAGAAGAGGUCAAGGUACUGUUCGAAGAAAAUAAAAUGCUGGAUGAAGAGAACAAGAGGCUGCUUGGGCUGUUAAAGAGAGAACGGCAUCACCAUGGAUCUGACAGCAAACGCUCUGCCAGUGCUUCUGCUAAAGGAAAGCGUAAAUCAAGUCAGAAGGACUGCAGCCCACUGGGACGGUCGAUUGAUUUCAAUGCUGCAGAUUCAUCAAGACAGCCAUUAUCCCCUCUGCAUCAGAACUCUCCUGAUUGUAAAAUGCAUAAGCAUAAGAAGUAAAAUGGUGUGUGAUCCUCAUUACGCUGAUCUGGAAUGGUUCCUACUGCUGAUUGCCUGCUAUUUUUUUCUUAGUUAUUUACCCGAACUUACUAAUGUUGUACAAAGCAUUAUGUAGUUAAAUUUAGAAAUUUGUUUCGAGUGAUAA